GUCCCACUAAUUUGUCCUCAGGGGAACGUCAGCAGCGCUAGGACCAAGCGGAAAACAGCUUAUCCUGCAGGGAUGUGUUCCAGUCGGGGUUUAUGUGGCGAGAACAACCGUCGCAACAGACCCUCCAGCUCAGGGGGCAGCGGUUCAGGCGCUCACUAUGCCCUCUGCGCCCUGGGAGUGGGACUCAUCGCCCUGGGUAUCGUCAUGAUUGUGUGGACUGUCAUACCGUUGGAUGGAGAGGCCCCUGGCGACUCCUCCACUAUGUCUGGCAACUCCACAACAUCAGUAAAUGAGGGCGGUGAUGAUGGGGAGGACAAAGAGAACACAAAGUCUUCAAUGGUGGCUAUGGUUUUGGUUGGAGUUGGGGCAGCCAUGUUGCUUUUAUCCAUUUGUCUCGGCGUGAAGAAUAAGAGGAGCCAACGCAACACAGGAAACCAGCCAUUGCCAACGGGAGGACUCCUCCUGAACCAUGGGGCAGGGCAGCAGGAAGAACCGGUCCCAGACCCAACCACAUUCAAUGUUCCAAGCUACGAGGAGGUUGUCGGCAGUGCUGACUACCCCGUCCGCCAGAGCAACCUUCGAAACAGCAUCUCCCAGCUGCCGUCCUACGAGGACAUCAUAGCUGCUGUGGAAAAUGAAGGAGCAGAACCCACUAACACCCCCACAGAGGACACCCCUCUUAAUGAACCCGCACCAGCUCCCGAUCAACCUGCCGCAGAGCCCCAGGCUGACCCACCUGGCCUAACACCAAACCCAAGCCUGCCUACUCGCAGCGCCAGCCGGGCCAGCCGUUUACUGCGACCCCUCCGGGUUAGGAGGAUCAAGUCAGACAAACUGCACCUGAAGGACUUCCGCCUCCAAAUCCGCAGCCCCACACAGAAUCCAGUGACCAUUGAACCCAUCACUCCGCCACCACAAUACGACAAUAAGGUGCCAGAAUUAGGGUAGUGUCUCUUACUUACUGCCUGUUCCCGAUGAAUAAAAAUAUCUCCAUGUUAAAUGGACUAAUGAUGACACUUCUGAGAACCCACUUUCAAGGUUGGUAUUAAGUAGGUUAAAUGAGGCUGCGAGCAGCGUGAUAGAGGCCGUGCAGACACACUCCUGAAAUGAGAAUAUUUCAAGUGAAUCUCUUGCUUUUUUUCACUGGAGCUUGAGAUUGUCAUAUUUAUUCUGUUAUAAUGCAUAAUUAAGUCUGUGAGAAAGGAUCGUCUUAAACAUCACGUCAUAACUUAUAUCAAACAGAAAACAGCCUUUCAGUUUUGUUUUUGUUUUUUUUAACUAUUGUGUGCUGUAAUGGACAAUCUCUAACUCCUUACCAGGAAAUAUUAGUGAAAGAAAUAAAACAUAUUGUGUUUCAAAGGGGGAAAAGGGAAAUUAAUUACCUGGGAGAUUUUAAAGUGGUAUUAAGUAUCAGUUCAAUAAGAAUUCAAUGUACAAUUACCUUUAUGUGAUUUGUAACUGAAGAAAAUGCACUGAGACCAAAAAUGUUAUGACUUUUGUCUUUUU